UUGGCCCGUUCCCCGAGCGGUGCAUUGUGGUCCGUGUGCCGGCCUCCGCUCUCGGUUGUUUGUUGUCUGAUGACGGUGAUGGUGACCGCGGAAGGCUGUAGAGCUCGUAGCUGCUGUGUUUCAUACAACAGCUAGCCUCCUUUGAGGUGGCCUUAUGCAAUGGCUUCGAGCCACAGUUCCCCUCCAGUGCCUCGCCCCAGCAGCAGUGAUGGUAUCUUCAAGAAAAAGGUGGACUCAUCUGCAAAACAGUAUAAGCAUGUCCGGUCACUUCCCGAUGUCUGUCCAAAGGAACCUACAGGGGAUUCUCACAGCCUGUGUGAUGGCCCAUCUGUAGUAGCAGAUCAGCACAAGUGGACUGUUUAUAACUCAAAAGUGAAUCUUCCUGCAGCAUUAAAUGAUCCUAGACUGGCUAAAAGGGAAUCUGACUUCUUCACAAAGUCAUGGGGUCUGGACUUUGUAGAAACCGAAGUCAUGCCCUCCUUCUACCUCCCGCAUAUCACCAAGGAACACUUUGCACCCUACCUUCAAGUAACCACUCAGAGAGAAAAGAUCCAUGAAAAGUUCAAGAGUGUUUGUCCAGCAAAGGAUGACAUUGAUACAAUCCCUAUUCUUUCAAAUAAUCAUGAUAAAUCCAGGACAGAUCUGGAGCAAGUACCGAAGAUUUUCAUGAAGCCUGAUUUUGCCCUGGAUGACCCCUUGACUUUUAAUGCAGUUUUACCAUGGUCUCAUUUCAGUGGUGCUGGUAGUAAAGGUAGCCGUGAUGUAGCCUCCUCACGGUUACUUCAAGAAAAGCUGAGCCAUUAUCUAGAUGUUGUGGAAGUAAAUAUUGUACACCAGAUCUCCUUACGCUCUGAAGCCUUCUUUCAUGCCAUGACCUCCCAGCAUGAGCUGCAGGACUACCUCAGGAACACCUUCCAGGCUGUGAAAGUGCUCCGGGACAGAAUUGCUCAGAUAGACAAAGUCAUGUGCAAAGGAUCUCUGAAUAUCUUGAGACAAGCAUUGACUAGAAACAACUCUAUCAAACUCUACAAUAAAAUGAAACUGAUGGCAACAGUGCACCAAACCCAGCCCACUGUACAGUUAUUGUUGUCUACUUCGGAGUUUGUUGGGGCACUGGAUCUGAUAGCAACAACACAAGAGGUGCUUCAACAGGAACUUCAAGGAAUACACAGUUUCAGGCACCUGGGAUCGCAACUCUGUGAGCUGGAGAAGCUAAUAGAUAAAAUGAUGAUAGCUGAUUUUAGCACCUAUGCCAGGAGUGACCUCGACAGACCUCUUGAAGAUGAAAAUCAGGUUUUGGAGGAGGAACGGUUAGUGUCCUUGGUAUUUGGGUUGCUAAAGCAGCGGAAACUUGACUUUUUGGAGAUCUACAGUGAAGAAAUUAUGUCUGCUGCAAAGAACAUUGUUAAACAGUGUGUUAUUAGCACCAUCUCAGAAAUAGAAGAAAUAGACACAGAAAUUGUUGUGAAGCUUGCAGAUCAGAUGAGAUUGAUGAAUUUCCACCAGUGGUUUGAACUUCUGAAGUGCAUAUUUGUAAACUUUAUCUUUUUUCUAAAAAGAGUUAAGGCAACGUUAAGUGUCAUUAGAAGUGUUGUCCUGCUGGUUUUGGACAGGAAUCAGAAGACCAAGGUCCUAGACGGCGCUUUAGCAGACCGAAACCCAGGAAAAAGCUUUAAUACGGUAACUGAAGUAGGUUAUUUAACACACGAAGGCAUGUUUAUUAGUGAUGCUUUCAGUGAGGGAGAACAGCCUUCUGUUGGAGCUGAGCCUAGGAACCCAAGGACUUCAUAUCUAAGCAGUGAACCAUGUGGUAGUGAUUCUACAUCGGAACAAGAGUGCACCACAGAGUCGUCAUCCAGUAGGGAGCAGACAUCCUCUUCGGUAACUCCUGGGGGAGUGGAGAUAACGAUUAACGAAGACAUGAAGCUGACAGACCUUGAACUAGGUAGAGUUGCAAAUAACAUUCAGGAGUUGCUGUACAACGCUUCUGAUGUGUGUCAUGAUCGCUGUGUCAAGUUCCUCAUGGCCAGAGCAAAGGAUGGCUUCCUGGAGAAGCUGAAUUCCUCUGAGUUUGUCGCCUUGUCCCGCUCUGUGGAGCUCUUUGCUCAAGAAACAGAGGAGCUCUGUGGCAGGAGAAGCAUGUCACUGCGGGGGGCGCUACAGAGCCAGGCCAACAGAUUCGUCAACAGGUUUCACGAGGAGAGAAAGACCAAGCUUAGUCUUCUGUUGGAUAAUGAACGGUGGAAACAAGCAGAGGUUCCGGCUGAAUUUCAGGAUCUUGUUAACUCAAUAGCUGAUGGGAGAAUAAGUUUACCUGAGAAAAGGGCAACAGGUACAGAAGAGAGGAAGCCAGCUGAUUACUUGCUUGUAGAUGGACAGAAGUAUGCUGUGGUGGGGACGGUGUUGCUGUUAAUAAGAAUUUUUCUUGAAUACUGCCAGUGUGUGGAUGACAUCCCAUCGAUAAUCACUGACAUGCUUACUCGCCUAUCAGAGUUAAUAAAGCAAUUCAACUCUCGAAGCUGCCAGCUGGUCCUGGGGGCUGGUGCUUUACAAGUUGUUGGUCUGAAAACAAUAACUACAAAAAACUUAGCCCUUGUCUCCCGCUGUUUGCAGCUGAUCGUACACUACAUUCCCAUUAUCAGAGCUCACUUUGAGGCUCGGCUCCAGCCAAAGCAGUACAGCAUUCUCAGGCAUUUUGACCACAUAACUAAGGAUUAUAAUGACCACAUAGCUGAAAUCUCUGCAAAACUUGUAGCAAUCAUGGAUAGCCUGUUUGAGAAAGUUCUGUCUAAGUAUGAAGUUAAGGCCCCAAUGCCUUCAACCUGCUUCCGGAACGUUUGCAAACAGAUGACUAAGAUGGAUGAAGCUAUAUUUGACCUCCUACCAGAAGAACAAACACAUAUGUUGUUCUUGAGGAUAAAUGCAAGCUUUAAACUUCAUCUGAAGAAGCAGUUAGCCCGGCUCAAUGUAGUGAAUGAUGGCGGACCUCAACACGGACUUGUUAUGGCAGAUGUAGCUUUCUACACUGGGAACAUUCAAGCACUGAAGACACUUAAAAACCUAGACUUGAACAUGGCAGAGAUCUGGGAACAGAAGAGGACCAAGUGUUUUUCAGCGGGAUGCUCCCCAGGACCAGACCAGGUUGUAUUUGACUCUCUUCCUAUAAAAAUUAAUCUUGGAAAUGGUUUCCUCUUUUUCAGAACAUUUUGGGGAACAUUAUAAAGUACAAAUUCAACACUAUUUCUUUUAUUUUUUUAAACAUACAUUUUUUUAUGUAUUCCGCCAAGUUUUUUUUGAAAGAGAUACAUAUAGAAACAUGACCCGAGGAACCUUACAAGAGUUCUUGAAACACAAAACAUGGUAUAGAACUGAACAUAUUUUAAAAAGAAAUACUGAGAACACCUAUAUUAUAUAAACUGAAUCACUAUCAGAAACUUCUGAUUCACCACCAACAAUCAUCUAAUCAUCUUGCCAUCUUGAAAUUAAAUUCUGUACAUUGGAAAUGUUUAUUGUGUGCUUAUCAAUUUCUGUACAUAAACAGUAAACAUAAACAUAAGAUUCUAUUAUCAAAGCAGUAUUUUACCAACAGCAAGAACAGAAUAGUGCUAACUACAAAAGACUAACUGUAAGAAAAACUUAGUAACAUUGCAAUGCCAUAAUAAAAGUUUAUUCUCAGGAUCUUAAGUAAUAAUGGACACUACUAAAUAGUUAAUUCCAUUAUUAUCAGUAAUAAGGGGAAAAAAGUAACAUGUCAAUUUAGUUCCUGAAACUCUAUCUGCUUAUAUCCACUCAUUUCUUGAUAUUUAUAAAAUGUUGUAAAAAAGUUAUACACACAGUUGUUUGCAGAAGUAUUCACCCCCUGCAGAGUUUUCACAUUUUGUUGAAUUACAAAUAAUGUAUGCAGUUUUUCAAACAAACUGAACACUGUUAUAUGCGGAGGAGGUUAAAAUGUCAGCAAAACUUGCAAAGAAAAUGUACAAAAUGAAAUUUACUGGUUGCAUAAGUAUUCAGCCCCUUAAGUCAGUUCUUGAUAGAAGCACCUUUUGCAGUAAUUACUGCUAUAAGUCUUUUUGGAUAGGUCUCUACUAGCUUUGCACAGUAGGAUGGUGACAUUUUUGCCCAUUCCAGGAAAAUUGCUCCAGUUCUGAUAAGUUUGUUGGGGAUCGGCGAUGGACUGCAAUCUUCAAGUCUCGCCAUAAGUUUUCGAUUGGAUUCAAGUCAGGACUUUGACUGGGCUAUUCAAGAACAUUAAUUAUCUUCUUGUUCAACCACUCCAGUGUGGUUUUUGACUUUGUGCUUCGGGUCAUUGUCCUGCUGAAAUGUGAAUUUUCUCCCCAGUUUCAGAGUCUUGGCUGAUUCAAGCAGGUUUCCCUCAAGGAUUCGCCUGUACUUUGCACCAUCCAUUCUCCCCUCUAUCCUGACAAGCUUCCCAGUCCCUGCUGAAGAGAAGCAUCUCCAUAACAUGAUGCUGCCACCACCAUGCUUGACAGUUGGGAUGGUGUUGACUGGGUGAUGUGCAGUGUUGGGCUUGCGCCAGACGUAACGCUUGGAAUUUAGACCGAACAGUUCAAUUUUUGUCUAGUCUUUUUCCAUGUCUGCAGUGUCAUCUACAUGCUUUUUAGCAAACUCCAUACGUGCUUUAAGAUGAGGCUUUUUGAGUAAUGGCUUCUUUCUUGCCACCUGUCCAUACAGGCCAGCUUUGUGUAGGGACCGGCUUACUGUUGAUGUGUGAACACUGACUCCCAUCUCAGACACAGAACUUUGCAGAUCUCUCAAGGUCAUUGUUGGCUUCAGAGUGACAUCCCGAACCAGUUUCCUGCUUGCCCGGCUGCUCUGUUUGGGAGGGCAACCUGAUCUGGGUAGUGUCUGGGUGGUAUGAUGCAUCUUCCACUUCUUAAUUAUAGACUUCACUGUGCUGAGAGGGAUAAUCAGCGCCUUUGAAAUUUUCUUGUACCCUUCUCCUGCUUUGUGCCUCUACCGCUUUAUCCCUGACUUAUUUCGAAAGCUCCUUGGUCUUCAUGGUUGCUUUGUUGGAUCACUAUGGGAGUUGCAGCUUGAAAGUCUUUAUAUACCUGAGGGAAAUUAUCUACUAGUUAAACCACUUUGAGUACACACAGCCUGAAAUCAUUUCACUAAUUGUGUGACCUUUCAAACAAAUAAUUUGGACCUGAGCUGAUUUAGGGCUGCAGUAGCAAAGGGGUUGAAUACUUAUGCAACUGAGAUUAAUCUGUUUUUCCCUGUAAAUUUUACUUAUUUAUAUCCUAUAUGCAUUUUUUAACUUUAUAAAUGUGGUGGUUUGUGUAGAUUCUACAUGUAAAGUCUAAUUUGAAAGCGUCGUGGAGUACGCUGAGGUGCCAACAAAAUGGCAGGGGGGUGAAUACUUCUGCAAACCACUGUGUGUGUGUGUGUAUAUAUA